CAGGAAGACAUGCAAGCCUUACACGCAUGGUCCCAGAUGAAUUUUUACAAGACCAAGCCAGUCAUUGACGGAAAAGUUCCUAAGAACGAUUUUGGGAAUAUCGAUCUGUAUAUUCCGUUGAUGCUCCCUGAAGGUAGUGUUCAUAUGAAUCGAAGAGCUAUCCCGAUAAUUGAGGGAAUUGUCGUUGCCGAGGAGAAUAAAAUUAUCAUAGUGGAGGGUUAUUUGGAAGCCGAAAAUGACGCAGAAGAGAAA